AUGGCGUUUCUUCUCCCGAAUCUCUCUCCUUCUUUCCCUCUUCAAACCGGAAAAUCCCUGAAAGAGAAACCCAUUUGCAAUCAACCUCUUUCGAUAUCGUCGUCGUCGUCGACUUCUCAUUCCAACAGCUUCGAAUUUGAAGAAGAUAGCCUCUCUCUGCACACUCUUCCGGUCCAGGCUCCUCCGGUUCGAGGUGCGCAGGUUAAGACCAGGCCGAGUGCGCAGGAUAAGCACCAGAAUGGCAAAGAUGAGUUCUACAUCAAUCUCGGUUUAGCUGUGCGUACGCUUCGCGAAGAUUUGCCUUUGCUCUUCACCAGAGAUCUCAAUUACGAUAUUUACAGGGACGAUAUAACAUUGGUGGAUCCAGUGAACACCUUCUCUGGGAUCGAGAACUACAAAUUGAUCUUCUGGGCACUCAGAUUUCAUGGGAAGAUUCUGUUCAGAGACAUCUCACUCGAGAUCUUCAGGGUGUGGCAACCAUCAGAGAACAUGAUUCUCAUCAGGUGGAAUCUUAAAGGUGUACCUAGAGUUCCAUGGGAGGCGAAAGGGGAGUUCCAGGGAACUUCUCGCUAUAAACUCGACCGCAACGGCAAAAUCUACGAGCACAAAGUCGAUAACUUGGCUUUCAACUUCCCUCACCAGCUUAAACCUGCCACUUCUGUUCUUGAUUUGGUCACUGCAAGCCCCAACCCAACUUUCAUGUUUGGCUAUGCGGGUUCAUACUCGUCUUCUUGGAUUGAAUUCUAUCAAGCGGUGCGAAGGACGUUGGACAAGCAACAAGAGCAAACCCUUGUGCAAGACCGUUUUGUGAUAUGUUCAUAG